AGAAAUGAUCACCUCCGAUUGCUCGAUAUACGUGAACUGAUACAACUGAAAGCAACAACUGUGACUCGCAUUCCGCCAGCCGCCUCAAACAGCACCCAUAAAGUCGAUGAAUUCGCGAGGAGCUUGCCUGGCGGACCUCCCAGAACCAUCAGCGCCGUUACAUGUGAAAAGUAAACGACCCACCGGCGCAGGCGACUCGGCGCCUGCGCUCGUCCAUCUACAUCCUGGCUCGCAGCAAGCCAGCUAGCUCGAUGCAAUGCAAUAGUCACUUAAUGAGCUGGUCGACAGACAGCAGGGAAGUUGGAGGAGGCGAAGGGUGCGCGGCGCAGGCCUGAGUGGCCUGCGUCAAUCAACAUGCAUCUUGGGCCGCAGCCAGCGCGGUGCAAUGCCAUAGUCACUUGAAGAAGCUAGAAGGGAAAAAAAAAGCCUCGCCCGAAGGCGAGAAGGAGGAAAAAAUUAUGGUGCCGCAGUGUUGCGGCACCUGGGGAAUGCGAGCCCAUCCGCACUCGGAUCCCACCCGUGCGUAUAGAUGGGUCGUCUUCCAACCCCAGGAUAUACAUUCUGCUAGAAAACAAAAAUGGCUGCGUGCCCGCCCACAACCGGUGCCCACCCGGUGUGUUUCGCAGCUGAAGCACGUACUUAUGCCUGGGACACAACGCGAGGCCGUAUGAUCCCCGUCGC